AUGUCCGACACAACUUCACAAAGAAACCAUCAGGAACAAGUACCAGGAGGAGCAAAUGCCCAUAUUACUAAUGACAGAAACCUAACUCCAAGGACGCUCGAGGAAGCAGGGAUUACACUACACCCCGAUGGUCAUUACACAUUGCCUGCUGUUGAAGUUCAGUAUAGAGGCGGUCAUACACAGACUUUAUUGAUUGAUGUGGGAAGUAUGAUGGUCCAGCCUACUGUUAUAACUACCACAUCAUUAGCAACUGUAAGUGAUUUAUUACGAAAUCGUGGGAACGGGACAUCGAAUAAUUCUGAACGUGGGAACCAAGACUUGUUUGAUUCAGCAGGCCAAAACUUUUUUCCACCAUCUCAUACACAAGCUAGUUUUGCAGAUGGACCGGUGAGUAGUGAUCAACACACUGACAAUUCAGCAAGAGAGGCACCAACGACAAAUAACAGUACUACGGAUAGUGAGAACCGCCGACCAAUAAGAGGUUUAGAUUAUCCUGCAUUUGACGUAUCAUCUAAUGGGAUCUACAAUGAUGAUUCACAACCGGCCUCUAGAAUUUUAGGACGUUUAUUUGAGCGUGCACUAGGAACAAGGGCAUCCAGCAUCCCUCCAACCCAAACCACGAAUACCCCAUCUAGGAAUACACCAGAGGUAUCGACAGAAGAAGCCGAUACAACAACAUCAUCAUCAACUUUACAUACAGUGUCACCAUCCACAAUGAAUCCAGUACACCAAACACCCUCAGAAUCUAGAAAUAUUAUUCUAACAGUUAACUAUGUCUACGGGUCAAACUCUGAUAACAACAGUGGGUCACUGCUUUUAUAUGUUCCAAACAUUGACGAUAACAAUGAAGAAAAUGUUGGAGUUUUGGUAAGGUUGACUACAGAGAUUGCUUUGAGGACUAUCGCAACCGCACUAAAAAAAUCAGCAGGUGUUUCCAAAGAAAUAUUUGAUCAGCUGGAAGUCAAAAGAGUGGAAGAAUUAAACGAAUCAGAUAGUGAAUGUCCAAUUUGUUAUGAUAAAUACGUGAAUAAAGAUGAAUGUAGUACAAUGAAGAGGAAAAGGGUUGAUGGAGAAGAAGAACCAAAAAAUGGUUAUAUUAAGCGGGCAAAGAAUAAUUCUGGUGAGUCUACCCCUCUUGAGGAUUCUUCCAAGGACGAACCGAAGGAGGAAGGUUCCAAAUCAUCCUUGAAACAUUACCCUGUUGCUAUGAAGUGUGGCCAUAUUUUUGGGGCUUCGUGUCUUCAAGAAUGGCUUAAAACCAACAAUAGCUGUCCUCUUUGUAGGGAUAAGUUACCAAAUAAAUUGGAAACUGAAAAUAAUGGGGCAAGAUAUAUUACCAUAACUUUACCCAAUUUGGCUAGGAUAAUUGGUAUCAGUAGGCCGCUAAUUCAAAAUUUCAACAACCGACAAAUGACUUUUACAUUGUCAGAUGAUCAAGACAGUGUUCCUAAUGAUAUCGUUAUUGAUACCAGAAGCCCGUUUCCCAAUACGUCUAAUACCGCACCAACUCUUGAUAUUCCAGAGAGGUCUCCACAAAUAGGGGAAACCAAUUCCACCAAUUCAGCUGGUGGCAAUAACGGAAAUACCCCAAAUAACGGGCAAUCUCUUCUUAACUUUAUACGUGAUGUCAUUUCAUCAUUUGCACCUAGAAACACCUCAGGUAAUGGUAGGGUGACACAACAUACUCCUAGACCUUUUAGGAGUGUUUCUAGAACGCCACCUCAAUUCGGUGGAAUAUUCCCACCAUUAGGUGUCGAGUCUCGACGUACCGCAAAUGGAGUUGAAACCAGGGAGUUAUCUUCAUUAGAUAAUUCGUCAACAGUGUCGAUGGCAGAACGUGUUCGGGAAGCAACUCGCCCAGGUGAUUCUAACGAAGAAGGAACCAAUUUUCAACAUGAACACGCUAGUGGCGUUCGACCUUCUAAUGACAACAGUAGUACCGACACAAACACUGGUACUAAUCCAUAA